AAGAACCGGAAGUGGCGUCACAGCUGGGGAUUGUUGACAAACCCUGCUGCUCUCAGGUGGACAUGACAUUUCAUUGACAUUUUAUACUAAAGCUUUCCUUCAUGAUGAGUUAUCCAGACGACAGGCAUGGGACGAAACGAUCAGCGUCUUCAAGUGACGAUGAGGAUACCCAGUGGUCAUCAGCUGAUCUGGGAAGCAAUGAAAGGAAGCAGAAGUUUUUACGUUUGAUGGGCGCCGGCAAGAAAGAACCCACCGGACGCCUCGUCAUUGGCGACCACAAGUCCACAUCCCACUUCCGCAGUGGGCAGGAAGAUAGGAGGAUGAACGAGCAGCUAGAGAUGCAGUACCAGCAGAGCAUGGAUGGGAAGCUGUCAGGCCGGAACCGGAGACACUGCGGCCUGGGUUUCAAUGAGCCUGACCCGGAGCCAGAGUCGUUGCCCUCCACACCAGUGGACAGUGAGACAAAAGCAACAGAUCCGGAGGAGUCCACCAGUGAAGAGGAACCCACAGACGCCCAGGACGAAGACAGCGAUCCCAACCCAAAGGACCAGACCUCAGACCAGCCGGAGCCAAGCUCAGAUCGUCAGGAUAAAGAACGGAAACACGGCAGCAAAGCGGCAUUCGUGAAGUCAGCGUAGGGCUGAGGGGCUGUGCGGGGAGGAAUUAGUUUUUGUAAUCUCAAAUUUGUACAUUUUGACGUUUUUUGUUUAAUUUCAGUCCUUUUUACUGUGUAGAAACGGGUCCUCUGCACAAGCACUCGACAUUGGCCGACAUCCUGGAGUGCAUGUGGUCAAAGAAUUAAGUGUGCAGCUCUUGGUUCAUCAAAUUGAGAUGGCAAUUAGUCUCAUUUUUAUUUAGUUUGAACAUUUUAAAAGUCACUGCAUUUGCCAUGAAUUAUUAUACAUGAUGAUGGGAUUGCUUGCCGUUCAGCAUGAUUGGUAUACGCAUUGUAAAUUUUGUGAAUUUUUUUUGAAAACCAAUAAAAGAAAGUGUCAGUUUAA